AUGAUCAUUUCAUUUGGUUUAGCCACAGUAUAUGUGGUAAACUUUUUCGGUUUGUGGUAUCGGAUGAUAUGGAAGAAGGAAAACUGUGAAUAUGUAAUUCAAAUGGGAGAUUGUUUUUACAUACGAGCGUUCUUUUUGGGAUUCUUCUGCUUGAUACCGUUAAAUCAUGUUGCAAUGAACUUCGAACGUUUCUGGGCCACAAUCCGUCUUUCAAAAUAUGAAAAAUCAAAUUCAAUACUUGGAAUAUCACUUAUUUUUAUUAUGGUCUUUGUUGCAACUCUCAUAGUAUAUCUUGUCAUGCUACCUGAAGAUUUCACUGAGUACGCUCCAACUUGCUUGUCAUUUUCCGCCACUCGUAUCGGAAACAAUAUUUAUUUCUUAUACAUUAGUCAGGGCAUAAUGGAGAUUUCAAUGAUUGUUGUACUUCAACUUCUAGUUUUGUUCAACAAGAAAAGAAAGUUGGACAUCAUCGACGAAAAUCUUUCCAAGAAAUUUCAACGGAAUGAGAACCUAGCAGUGCUACAGCAAAUAGGACCAUUAAUUAUUGUUACUGCAGCGGUUAUUGGUGCAUACAACGGGGUUGCUCUUCUAAUCCGCCCGUUUCGUGAUCAUUUCACCAAGAAUCAGUAUAUUAUUAUUGUGUUUGGAAUUUUCAUCAUCCCCUAUCUUCCAUUCCUUCUCACCUACUUCUCCUACCGUACAAUUCAAAAACAUUUGAAAGACCGGGAAAUGCUAGCCAAGCAAGCGGUGGAGAUUGAUGUAAUUGCUAACGCAAACUUCUCGAAUGAUCAAUUGUUGUGGGACACGUAUUAUAUUGCAAAGUAUGGAAAAAAGCAGCCGAAAAUUAGUACAGUUAGAUGUUGGAAGAAGUACUUCAGUAACCGAAUCGAAAAUCACCAGUAA